AGCAGCAGCAGCGAGCUAGCUCAGCAGCAGAGAGUCCACCAGCGAGCGAGCGAAGAGCAGCAGAGCUGAUCAAGCUCCGGCCAUUUUGCUAAUCUCAGGCCAGAGCUGCUGACGCCCUGAUAAGCGAGCACGCCACUCCGGGAGCUCCCUAUAAGUAGGGGUGCGCUGCUCUUCUCGUGAUCUCGUCUCUCCUCCUCUCAGUCCCAAGUCGUGACCACCGGGACCGGGAGCCAGCGAUCAGGCAAGCAUCGAUCGUCUGUGUAUGGAGGAGGGCGCGGCGGCGAGCAUGACCGGGGAGAAGCGGGUGGCCAUCGACGUCCCUGCCAACGGGCACGGCGCGGAGCCGGAGGAGAAGGCGGCGGAGGACCUGCCACCGGCGCCGCCAGCAUUGUCCGGCUGGCCCAGGAGUACGGGGCUCUACCUCUUCGUCAUGAACAUCAGGAGCGUCUUCAAGCUCGACGAGCUCGGGUCGGAGGUGCUGCGCAUUGCGGUGCCGGCGUCUCUGGCCUUGGCGGCCGAUCCGCUCGCUUCCUUGGUCGACACAGCAUUCAUCGGCCGUCUAGGUUCGGUGGAGAUAGCUGCUGUUGGUGUUUCGAUUGCCAUAUUUAACCAAGUCUCCAAAGUCUGUAUCUACCCCCUAGUUAGUGUAACAACAUCAUUCGUUGCUGAAGAAGAUGCCAUCAUUAGUAAAUACCUAGAAGAAAACAGCAGCAAAGACCUGGAGAAAGCUUCUGCUGUGGAUUCGGAAGCAAGCAAUAUGCCUGCAUCUGGUCAUGGCACGCCAGAGUGUGCUAAUUCUUGUAUCCCCACAGAGUGUACUGAUCUCUCCAAUCAAGUGUGCAAGAGGAAGUACAUACCUUCUGUGACAUCAGCACUAAUAGUUGGUUCAUUUCUUGGGCUAGUUCAGGCUGUGUUCCUGAUCUUUUCAGCAAAAGUUGUAUUGGGCAUCAUGGGUGUGAAACAUGAUUCACCGAUGCUAGAACCUGCGGUUCGUUACCUAACAAUCAGAUCACUUGGUGCUCCCGCUGUUCUCCUGUCUUUGGCAAUGCAAGGCGUUUUCCGGGGCUUCAAAGACACAAAGACACCAUUAUAUGCUACCGUGGUUGGAGACGCAACAAAUAUCAUCCUAGACCCAAUUUUGAUGUUUGUUUGUCAUAUGGGUGUCACUGGUGCAGCUGUUGCUCAUGUCAUUUCCCAGUACCUGAUAACCAUGAUCUUGGUAUGUCGGCUCGUCCAGCAAGUUGAUGUUAUCCCACCGAGCCUUAAAUCCCUGAAGUUUGGGCGGUUUCUUGGAUGUGGAUUCCUGCUGCUUGCGAGGGUCGUAGCCGUGACGUUCUGUGUCACCCUGGCGUCGUCGCUAGCUGCUCGAGAUGGGCCGACAAUCAUGGCGGCCUUCCAGAUCUGCUGCCAGCUCUGGCUUGCGACAUCACUUCUAGCCGAUGGAUUGGCCGUCGCUGGACAGGCAGUGCUUGCAAGCGCGUUUGCCAAGAGCGAUAACAAGAAGGUGGUUGUUGCGACCUCUCGCGUGCUACAGCUGAGCAUUGUUCUGGGGAUAUGUCUCACGGUGGUCCUUGGUCUUUUCAUGAAGUUUGGCGCCGGCGUGUUCACCAAGGACGCCGCCGUGAUCGGCGUCAUCCACAAGGGCAUCCCGUUCGUUGCCGGCACGCAGACAAUAAACGCCCUGGCGUUCGUGUUCGAUGGCAUCAACUUUGGAGCUUCAGACUACACAUACUCUGCCUACUCCAUGGUUGGGGUGGCGUCCAUAUCCAUACCGUGCCUGGUGUACCUUUCUGCCCACAACGGAUUCAUCGGUAUAUGGGUCGCAUUGACGAUCUAUAUGAGCCUGAGGACCAUAGCUAGCACCUGGAGGAUGGGGGCAGCCAGGGGGCCAUGGGCGUUCCUUCGGAAGUGAUGAAUCGGCUGGCAAGAUCGAUGGCGAUUAGUCUACAGUACAUAGCUGGUAGAUAGCCAAUGCAUGCUCGUCUCAUGUAAUUCAAAUAAUUAUUAUAGUAUAGUACAUGUUUUUGUUGGUGUUUUAAGCUUCAGGUACUGGAGUUAGAUGGGGCUUAUUGCUUCACGGUUGUCUGACUUUUGUGGGGGUAGAGAGGGUACUUCGAGCUUGUGAGAUUCAUGCUGCUGUUCUGCGCCGGAGAAGGGAAUAUAAGUGGACCAGUGGUUCUGUAAUAUCAUCCAGUGAUACAUUGGUCUAUUUCUACUCUGUACUUUUUGCCCGCCCUUCUAUACCUCUUAUGAGAUGUGCUCGAGGCGACGAGCGUGAGAUAUCCCAUUAAUGAGGCUCCAGCUUUGUUCUUG